GGUUGCCAAAAAAGAGAAUGCAUCUCCGAAUCGAAACAAACGAUAACAGCUGCCACACUCACAACGUACCUACACGACGCAAGUAAUCCUUGGUGGAGCAUGAGAAACUCUCGACUGCUUUUCUUAUUUAAUGGAGGCGUUCUUGAUACCUUCCCCAAAGCGGGAUGUGCGAUUUUGUCAAGUUAAAAAAGUAUUUGCCAUUCCUUCAAAUCUCGAAACUGCAAAAUGAGCAAACACUCUAUCCUGGAGAACCUUUUGGGUCCCUCAUCUCGCCAUGAAGGCAUCUUACAUCUCGAGCUCGCGACCUUGAUAAAAGGCGGCCUUGGUGUAUAUGUGGCUUGGCUCAUAGGGCUUUGCGUGUACCGGCUCUACUUCAGCCCUCUUGCCGGAUUCCCUGGAAGCAAGCUUGCGGCGGCCACGGGCUGGGUCGAGACUUAUCACGAAGUGUAUCGUGGCGGGCAAUUUGUCUUCAAGAUCCAAGAGUGGCAUGAGAAAUACGGCCCCAUCGUCCGCAUUGGACCGUCAGAAGUGCACAUCUCAGACCCAGACUGCGUAGACGCCAUCCUUGCCGGCGGGCCAGGAGCGCAAUACGACAAGAAGAAGGAGUGGAAGCGGCGCUUCGGCGACGAGCACUCGGGCUUCAGCACCAUCGAACACCACCACCACCGCCUGCGCAGGUCGGCGCUGGCGCCCUUCUUCUCCAAGCAAAAGAUCGCCGGCGUCGAGCGCUACGUCGCCGACAAGGCCCACCGGCUCUGCGAUCGACUGCAGGCCGACUACGGCGGCGGCGUCGCCCCGGCCCUUCUCAACAAGUGCUUCGCGUCCAUGACCUUUGACAUCGUCACGUACUAUGCCUUUGCCCGCUCCUUCGACUACCUCGAGCACCCGACUUUCGACGCCGACCUGACCAGCUCUGUCAAGUCGCUCGUCAGGUCUUGUCAUGUCAUGGGCCAGUUCCCGUGGAUGUUGAGCUUUCUCGAAUGUCUACCGCGACGGGUUGCUGGCGCGUUGAACCCGAGUCUGGGUACAUUCAACGUGUUUAUAGACCAAGUGAACAACCAGAUUGAAGCCAUCAAGUCGGGGGACAACCAGGCGUACAAAGAAGUAGCGCACAAGACCAUCUUCAAGGAGCUUUUCGACGCAAACCUGCCUCCAGAGGAAAAGACGGUCGAGCGGUUGAGACACGAGGGGGUCUCCAUCGUCGGCGCCGGCGUCGAAACAACAUCAAACGUACUCUCCAAGGCCGUCUUCUGGAUCCUCAACGACCCAUCCAUUCACCAACGCCUGACCGCCGAGCUCGACUCUGUCUGGCCCGACUCUUCCUCCGACCAGCAGACCCCGCCGCUGUCGACCCUCGAAGCCCUCCCCUACCUCGGGGCCGUGCUGGACGAGGCCCUGCGGCUGUCGUACCCGGUGACGGGCCGGUCGGUGCGCACAUCGCCGCGCAGCCCCGUGACGCUGCACGUCGGCGGUCGUCUGAACCCCAAGGGAGAGACCACCGCGGUGCAGCUGCCUCCCGGCACGUACUUUAGCACCAGCAUGUACCUCACGCAUCAGGACCGGACCGUGUGGGGCGAGGACGCGCUCGAGUUCCGGCCGGAGCGGUGGCUGGGUGGCGACGGAAAGGCGUUGAGGAAGUAUCUCGUCGCCUUUAGCCGCGGGCCCCGCAUGUGUCUGGGCAUGAACCUGGCGAGGGCAGAGUUGUUUAUCGGGUUGGCUGUUGUGGUUCGUCGCUUGAGCAUGGAGCUGUUUGAGACGACCGAGGAGGCGGUGGCGGUCGGGGCGGAUUACUUUGUUCCUUUUCCUCCUGCCGGGGCUGAAUGGGUCAAGGUACUGGUCAAGUGAGAGGUGGUCGCGCUGGUGGUCGAGUGGUUGUGUAAGAUUGAAUUGUGCUUGAAACUAUCUCGAUGGGUCGAUUGAAUGUACUGCUCUGUUGGAUAUCCUAGCAUACGCUCUCGUCAGCAAUAAUGCCGAAAAGUAUUUAUACCUAAA